CUUUUUAAUUCAACGUCCCCAUGAUUUGACGGACGGACGAAAACCACAUAUAAACGCCAUUUAGCCCCAACGCUCUUCAGACUUAGUAUUAGAACCCCUCCGUCCGAGAAGAGCGGCUGGUCGACCCGAGGCACCACACGCACACAGCGACUCCAGAUCAGAUCAUCGUUCCACAAUGGCCUCUGCAACUCAAGUCAAGUCUCUAAGGGAGAUGCUCGGCGCUCCGCCUGCCACGGCCACCCCGAGCGACAGCACGCUGAUCAUCAUCGAUGCGCAGAACGAGUACGCCCAGGGAAACCUCAAGACCGUCAACGUCGACCAGACGCGCAAGGCCAUUGCCUCGCUGCUGGAGAAGUACCGUGCCGCCGGGGACGGGAAAAACAUCGUCCACGUCGUCCACAAGACUCCGGAGGGCGCCCCGGUCUUCACCCCCAAUACCCCGCUGGCCGAGGAAUUCGACGAGUUGAAGGCCCGUCCGGGCGAGAAGGUGAUCCAGAAGGAGGCCAUUUCGAGCUUCUCCGGCACGGAUCUGCACGAGUACCUGACCAGUCUGGGGGAGAGGGGCAAGAAGACCGUCAUGACCGGUUACAUGGCACAUGUCUGUGUGAGCACCACCGCGCGAGCAGGCAAUGACUUGGGGUACAACGUCGUCUUGGCCAGUGAUGCCAUUGGGGAUCGAGAUAUUCCCGGGUUUGGCGGAGCCGAGGUCACCGAGGCAGUAUUGAAGGAAUUAAACGAUGCCUUUGGGACAGUCAUCCAAAGCGCAGAGAUCAAGUAGGUCGGGAAUAAAUGGAUAGAAAUUCUCAUGAAACUUGCACACGCUCAUC